AUGCCUUCCACGCUCCGUGCCCUGCUCUGCCUCGGGCUGUGUCUGAGCCAGAGAAUCAGCGCCCCGAAGCAGACUCUCCCAAAACCCAUCAUCAGGGCCGAAUCCACUUACAUGGUUCCGAAGGAAAAGCAAGCGACCCUCUGUUGCCAGGGAAGUUAUGGCGCUGUUGAAUACCAGCUGCAUUUUGAAGGAAGCCUUUUUGCCGUGGAGAGACCAAAACCGCCUGAACGGAUUAAUGGAGUCAAAUUCCACAUCCCGGACAUGAACUCCCGCAAGGCAGGGCGAUACAGCUGCAUCUAUCGGGUUGGGGAGCUCUGGUCAGAGCGCAGCGACUUGCUGGAUCUGGUGGUAACAGCAGACUCUUGGGACACCUGCCUUUUAACCACAGAGACGGGACUCCAGAAAGACCUUGCCCUCUGGGACCACACUGCUCAGAAUCUCCUUCGGAUGGGCCUGGCCUUCCUGGUCCUGGUGGCUCUAGUGUGUCUCCUGGUUGAAGAUUGGCUCAGCAGGAAGAGGACUAGAGAGCAAGCCAGCAGAGCUUCCACCUGGGAAGGCAGGAGAAGGUUGAACAAACACAAAGACUCUUUGAAGAAUGACCAUAAGACGCAGUGGCCAUGGGUGGAACUGAAAGCUGGUGUUGAGCCUGGGUGGCGUGAGCUCUGUGUCAGACCCACGGAGGAGGGAGUCACUGCAGGGAACAGGGGACGCUGGCAUUCCAUUUGUCAGAGCAUCCCGGACGACGCAGAGGGUGGGAGAACUACAUGCUAA